AUGAAGUUCACCGAAGGAAUGUGGAAAAUCCGCGGCGGCAUCCAGCCAAACUGGAUGUCCCACGUCGAACGAAUAAUCUCCACAGAUGAAACAUCUGCCUCUUUACUCCUCGCAAAACUCACCAGACAUCGCGGCGAUACCUUAAACGCCGGUACCUUAAACGCAAAGAUCACAUCACCACUCGAAGGUGUAACCGCCGUGAAAUUCUCACACUGGCAUGGAGAAGAGGAAUUAGGACCGGAUUUCCAGUUAAAUGUUUCUCAACCAAAAGUCACGAUUCAGAAUGAGCCCGGGAAGAAUCUGAAGUAUGUGAACGGAGGGUUGACGCUUGAUGUUAAUACUUCUACCAAUAAUUUGGCGUUCGACUAUACUGAUGCCAAGGAAAAACGAUUGACGGGUCAUUCUUUCCGGUCAAUUGCAUUUGUGAACGAUAUUACGACCGAGAAGACGAAAUGGGAGGACAGUAUCUAUGCGCAGAAGGAUACUUAUAUCCUCCUUGAAUUGGACGUUUCUGUUAAUGAGAAGAUUUAUGGGUUAGGAGAGAGGUUUGGACCAUUUGUGAAGAAUGGACAGACGGUGGAGGUUUGGAAUGAGGACGGUGGUACUUCUUCCGAACUUGCGUAUAAGAAUAUUCCGUUUUAUAUCUCUAGUAGGGGGUAUGGUGUCUUCAUCAAUAAUCCUGGAAAGGUCAUGUUGGAGAUACAAUCCGAAAGAACAACAAGAGUCAACAUCGUCGUUAAGGGUGAAAGUCUCGAGUAUAUGAUCAUUGCCGGUCCGACUCCCAAGGAUAUCAUAAAUAGGUACACCGCUCUAACUGGUCGUCCAUCCCUCCCGCCAGCGUGGAGUUACGGUCUCUGGCUCACAACUUCCUUCACAACCUCCUACUCCGAAGAAACUGUCACCGGUUUCCUCGACGGUUUCAAAGAACGUAACAUUCCCCUCGCCGUUUUCCAUUUCGACUGCUUCUGGAUGAAAUCAUACCAAUGGUGCGAUUUCGAAUUUGAUGAAGAAAACUUCCCAGAUCCGAAAGCAUAUAUUGAUCGUCUCAAAGCCAAAGGUUUCAAGACCUGCGUCUGGAUUAACCCAUACAUCGGCCAAGCAUCUCCUCUUUUCGCCGAAGGCAAGAAGAACGGAUAUUUCGUUAUGAGAGCAGAUAAACCCCGUCCCACCGUCUGGCAAUGGGAUGAAUGGCAAGCCGGUAUGGCACUUGUCGAUUUCACCAACCCCGCUGCAUGUGAAUGGUACUCCUCCCACCUCAAAAGGUUAAUGGACAUGGGUAUCGACUCCUUCAAAACCGACUUUGGUGAAAGAAUCCCCUUCGACCCUCGAAUCGUGAAAUACUUCAACAACAGCGAUACCGAAAAAAUGCACAACUACUAUACAUUCAUCUACAACAAGGUCGUUUUCGAAACUAUGCAAAACCACGGGAAACCGGGUUGUCUAUUCGCUCGUUCUGCUACUACCGGUGGUCAACAGUUCCCCGUCCAUUGGGGUGGUGAUUGUGAAAGUACCUUCGAAGCUAUGGCUGAAACCCUCAGAGGAGGGUUAUCGCUUACGCUCAGUGGGUUCGCAUUCUGGGCUCAUGAUAUCGGUGGGUUUGAAGGAUUACCCGAACCAGCGUUGUAUAAACGAUGGGUACAGUUUGGAAGUUUGGGUAGUCAUACGAGAUUACAUGGGUCUUCUUCGUACCGUGUUCCAUGGAUCUAUGAUGAAAAGGAUUACCCCGGUGAAGCUGAAGAGUGCUCGAAGGUUCUCCGCGAGAGUGUUAAUAGGAAAUUGGAGUUGAUGCCAUACCUACUACGCACCGCUUUGGAGGCAAAAGAAACUGGCGCAUCGGUUAUGAGAGCCAUGUUAUUGGAGUUUGGCGAGACGGACCCGAAUGUUUGGCAGUUGGAUACGCAGUACAUGCUCGGUAGCGAACUCUUAGUCGCUCCGGUAUUCAGCCGCGAUGGAGAAGUUAGUUUUUACGUACCCAAGACUGAUAAUAAGUCUGGUGCAAAGUGGAGGAGCUGGUUUGAUCAUAAGAAAACUUAUGAGGAAGGAAAUUGGUAUACUGAGACACAUGGAUUUGAUACCCUGCCGAUUUUGGUAAGGCCUGGUGCCGCGGUGGCAUAUACUCCAGGAUUGAAUACCGCGGAUGGAGAUGUGCUUAAGGGAUUGCAGGUGCUUGUCAAUGGACCUUUAGAGCAAGAGAAGAAGGUGGAAAUUGUGGAGGCGGGAGAUGUAGAGAAGGUUAGUAAGACGGUGACCGUUGGGGUUGACUUGAAGGCUAGCGGGGCAGAUGUUCAGGUUGUUGAUUUGACGAAGUAG